AUGACGCUGAACGGUGCUCUCGACACAGUCGCACAGACCAUCCACGACGCACUGAUUGCCCAGGGAAAGACGCCUGUCAUAUGGGAAGAUGCUGCAGUAGUGGCAAGGUGUUUCAGGAUCAUCCAAGCACCAUCAAAUUACUUCUACCUGGCGUAUACCUUUCAUCCGUUGGCAAACUUGACCGAGGCGCAGUACGAACUCGUUGUCGGAGGCGAGCAAAUUCUAUGGAGUGAACAGUUUGGUCCCCAAAAUGUCGACCCGAUCGUGUGGCCACGCGCUGCAUCAUCAGCAUAA